AUGGCCGACACCUUCUUGGAGAGACUUGAUGCCAUGGUAGCUGAUGUGCUGGCCGAAUGGAACCUCUACACAACGGUCCUCGCUACAAUCCUUGGUGCCUUUGCGGUGUAUAUGGUGAUUGCGUCCAAGGACCCCGAUGUGCACCCAUUCCUGCUCGCUCGUCAGUCUACCCCAGCUCCCGUCCGGCAACACGGCGAGUCAGCUACUUACCGAGCCCUGGAAACGCCCCAUGGCUUCCCACUUCGCCUCGGAUUGAAUGUCAAAGAUCCCGGAGCACCCAAAUGGACCGGAGGCAGACGAGGUGAUCUGCGCGAUAUCUGGAAGACUGCUGUGCGUGGGGCAUUAAAUGAAGAUGGAUCACCUUCUGGAAAGCAGGGCAAGAUCUACACUGUUUUGGGCAAGAAGGCCAUCGAACACUCGCUGGAUCAGGUUACCCAGGAGAUCAAUGUCAUUGGUCGUCAUCUACAGAAAUCCGGAGUCAAGACGGUGGCUGUCUGCCUGACAGAUUCAGUGGAGCUGCUUGCUGCAAUCUUCGCGGGUGCCUUUUACGGAUACAAAACGAUCAUUGUGCCCCACAAUCUUCCCCCGGAGACAUUGUCAGCGCAUCUCCAAAAGGCUAACGCAGAUGCUCUCAUUGCCGAGGCGGGCUCUCUUGAUCUGUCUUUGGUCACUAAGGGUAACAAGCAGCUGUCGAUCGUCGUUUGGGUUGCUAAGUAUGGCAACCGACACAUGGAUUGGAACGAGGUUCCCGAGGACGUCAAGGGCAGUUUGAAGGUGGCCGUAUGGCAUGAGCUGAUUGAGGAAGGCAAAGACCUGAGUGGACUGGAUGUCCCUGCCUACGAUCCAAAGAUCCCGACUCCGGCUGUGAACACCGUUUGGCCUUCUUCCUCAGAGUCCGGCGAGUUUAUCGAUUUCAAGCCCGAGAAUCUAGUGUCUGCUACCGGUGCCUUGAGUGCACUGCCUCGUACCCAACGCGUGAACCCGAAUGACAUUGUUUUGUCGAUAGACUCCCUUUCUCGAUCUUACCCGCUUUGUCAGAUCAUGGCUGCCUUAUUCGCCAAUGCAUCGAUUGCGUUGAACUCUGUCGCCGGAGAGAAGGUCGACUUUGCUCUGGCCACAGUUGGUGUGUCGCCUACAAUUAUCGUUGCUUCCUCGCGCACCAUGUCUGACUACCACGACCGAAUUAUGGAGCCGCACACCGGAAUUAUUUCUUGUUUUGGACGCUGGCUUCAGGCACGGACUCUGGAAGCAGGAAACAUGCCAACCCGCAAUAUUUUCAGCCAACUCGCCCGGAUCGGCCCGACUGCUGAGCUGUCUCUGGACAAUCUUCGUCUCCUUUGCAUUUCCCAUCGCAUUGAUGCCAGCCCUGAGGCCCGCCUCUCUACCCAGCAAUUGACCGAUCUGAGAGUCUUCACCGGGGCCCGCAUUUUAUAUGCGUUGACAGGACCCGGGGUUGCUGGUGCAAUUGCCCAAACCAACAUCUUUGACUACCGCAAUGUCGGUGGUCUCAGCCACUUCGGUGCCCCACUGAGUAGCACAGAGGUCACUUUGACCAAUAUCGCCGAGGACACGGAGUCUGAUGGGUUAGUUGAGGGCCAGAUUACGGUGUCUGGUCCUGCUGUUGUUGGUGGCAACACUACCUUGCCUGCUCGGGGGCGCAUUAGCAACGACAACACUCUGGAGCUGUGCUCUUGA